AUGGAAACACAGAUGGCAGUUGAAGAAACAAAGACCCUACGUGUAUUCAAAAUUGUGAAGGAAAUAAACAGUCCAAAUAAAUACAUUUAUGACUUGUCCUAUGCUGGUGGCGCAAAAAUAUGUCUCUCUGUAGAAGUUGAGGACUGUCGAAGUGGAACAUAUUUGUUACGUAAUGGAGACAUUGAAUUUGUAUGUUACAGUGGACUGCAUUCCUUCUUUUUGAAAACCCAAAGAGCUUUUGUGUUCCGUAACAAUUUUGAGAAAUCAAUAAAAAUGAUAAGUCUAGAUUCCAUCAAUACCAUUAGAGAAAUCAUUUCUUCUCAUACAUUUCUUGACUACAUUGCACAUGGUAUGACGGAAUGUAAAUCUGGACAUUUGUUAAUAUGCAUGUGGAAUGGCAAACUGCAAGACAAAUCUCACGGAAAAGUUAUAAAAUUUGAAUUGACUACAGGUACGAUGCGUGGCGAAUUUGCACUUGAUAAGCAUAGGUCUUUAUUUACAUUUCCAACCUAUAUAACAGAAAAUGGCAACACAGACAUUUGUGUCUCUGAUGUAGGAGAAGUUGUGGUGAUAGAUGAAAGAGGAGUGCUCAGAUUUCGAUACCUAGGUCUUUCUAAGGAUUCUCAUUUUGAUCCAUACGGCAUAUGUGCUGAUUCCGAGUGCAACAUUAUCGUGGCUGACAUGAAGAACGAAAAAAUACAUAUGAUAGAUCAGAAUGGACGCUUUAUUUGUUUUGUAUUUUAUGAAAACAUGAAAAUGCCUCGUGCUUUGUGUAUUGAUGAGAAUGAUAAUCUGUAUGUCAGUGAGUGGAAGAAUGACCAGGUCAAGGUCAUUUCCUCCCAGUGA